GAGCGCAGCGGCGCCGGCUCCGGGAGCGCCGCGGAGCCCCUGCGUGCGGCCGCGCCGGCGAUGCGGGGCCGCCCCGCGCCCGCCCGAGUCCCGGCCCCGGCCCCGGCCCCCGCGGGAAGGGGCUGAGCCGCCCGCCGCCGCCCGGAUGGCGAGCCUCGCCGCGCUCGCCCUCAGCCUGCUCCUGCGGCUGCAGCUGCCUUCGCUGCCCGGCGCCGGGGCACAGAGCGCCGCAGGUGGCUGUUCCUUUGAUGAACACUACAGCAACUGUGGUUAUAGCGUGGCCCUGGGGACCAAUGGGUUUACCUGGGAGCAGAUUAACACAUGGGAGAAACCAAUGCUGGACCCCGCGGUGCCCACAGGAUCCUUCAUGAUGGUGAACAGCUCUGGGAGGGCCUCUGGCCAGAAGGCCCACCUUCUCCUGCCGACCCUGAAGGAGAAUGACACCCACUGUAUCGAUUUCCAUUACUACUUCUCCAGCCGUGAUAGGUCCAGCCCAGGAGCCUUGAAUGUCUAUGUGAAGGUGAACGGCGGCCCCCAGGGGAACCCUGUCUGGAACGUGUCUGGGGUCGUCACCGAGGGCUGGGUGAAGGCAGAGCUUGCCAUCAGCACCUUCUGGCCACAUUUCUACCAGGUGAUAUUUGAAUCCGUCUCUUUGAAGGGUCAUCCUGGCUACAUCGCUGUGGACGAGGUCCGGGUCCUUGCUCAUCCAUGCAGAAAAGCACCUCACUUUCUGCGGCUCCAGAAUGUCGAGGUGAAUGUGGGGCAGAAUGCCACGUUUCAGUGCAUCGCUGGUGGGAAGUGGUCUCAGCAUGACAAACUUUGGCUCCAGCAAUGGAAUGGCAGGGACACAGCCCUCAUGGUCACCCGGGUGGUCAACCACAGACGCUUCUCAGCCACGGUCAGUGUGGCGGACACUGCCCAGCGGAGCGUGAGCAAGUACCGCUGUGUGAUCCGUUCUGACGGCGGCUCUGGUGUGUCCAACUACGCUGAGCUGAUUGUGAAAGAGCCUCCCACACCCAUCGCCCCCCCAGAGCUGCUGGCCGUAGGGGCCACAUACCUGUGGAUCAAACCAAAUGCCAACUCUAUCAUCGGGGAUGGCCCCAUCAUCCUGAAGGAGGUGGAGUACCGCACCACCACGGGCACCUGGGCCGAGACCCACAUAGUUGACUCUCCCAACUAUAAGCUAUGGCAUCUGGACCCUGAUGUGGAGUAUGAGAUCCGGGUGCUCCUCACACGACCGGGGGAGGGAGGCACAGGACCACCAGGGCCUCCGCUCACCACCAGAACCAAGUGUGCAGACCCUGUGCACGGCCCGCAGAACGUGGAGAUUGUGGACAUCCGCGCCCGGCAGCUGACCCUGCAGUGGGAACCCUUUGGCUACGCGGUGACCCGCUGUCACAGCUACAACCUCACGGUGCAGUACCAGUACGUGUUCAACCAGCAGCAGUACGAGGCCGAAGAGGUCAUCCAGACCUCGUCCCACUAUACCCUGCGAGGCCUGCGCCCCUUCAUGACCAUCCGGCUGCGGCUCCUGCUGUCCAACCCCGAGGGCCGGGUGGAGAGUGAGGAGCUGGUGGUGCAAACAGAGGAGGACGUUCCAGGAGCUGUUCCCCUAGAAUCUAUCCAAGGAGGGCCCUUUGAGGAGAAGAUCUACAUCCAGUGGAAACCUCCCAAUGAGACCAACGGGGUCAUCACACUGUAUGAGAUCAACUACAAGGCUGUUGGCUCGCUGGACCCGAGUGCCGACCUCUCCAGCCAGCGGGGGAAAGUGUUCAAGCUCCGGAAUGAAACCCACCACCUCUUUGUGGGUCUGUACCCGGGGACCACCUACUCCUUCACCAUCAAGGCCAGCACAGCAAAAGGCUUUGGGCCCCCUGUCACCACUAGGAUUGCCACCAAAAUUUCAGCUCCAUCGAUGCCGGAAUAUGACACAGACACCCCACUGAAUGAAACGGACACGACCAUCACGGUGAUGCUGAAGCCUGCUCAGUCACGGGGAGCCCCUGUCAGUGUUUAUCAGCUGGUUGUCAAGGAGGAGCGACUUCAAAAAUCACGGAGGGCAGCUGAUAUCAUUGAAUGCUUUUCGGUGCCUGUGAGCUAUAGGAAUGCCUCCAGCCUUGAUUCUCUACACUACUUUGCUGCUGAAUUGAAGCCUGCCAACCUGCCUGUUACCCAGCCAUUUACAGUGGGUGACAACAAGACAUACAAUGGAUACUGGAACCCUCCUCUUUCCCCUCUGAAAAGCUACAGCAUCUAUUUCCAGGCACUCAGCAAAGCCAAUGGAGAGACCAAAAUCAACUGUGUUCGCCUGGCUACAAAAGCACCAAUGGGCAGCGCCCAGGUGACCCCGGGGACUCCACUCUGCCUCCUCACCACAGGUGCCUCCACUCAGAAUUCUAACACCGUGGAGCCAGAGAAGCAGGUAGACAACACCGUGAAGAUGGCCGGUGUGAUCGCUGGCCUCCUCAUGUUCAUCAUCAUUCUCCUGGGUGUCAUGCUCACCAUCAAAAGGAGAAGAAAUGCUUAUUCCUACUCCUAUUACUUGAAGCUGGCCAAGAAGCAGAAGGAGACACAGAGUGGAGCCCAGAGGGAGAUGGGGCCUGUGGCCUCAGCCGACAAACCCACCACCAAGCUCAGCGCCAGUCACAACGAUGAAGGCUUCUCCUCUAGCUCUCAGGAUGUUAAUGGAUUCACAGAUGGCAGCCGUGGGGAGCUGUCCCAGCCCACCCUCACGAUCCAGACUCACCCCUACCGGGCCUGCGACCCUGUGGAGAUGAGCUAUCCCCGGGACCAGUUCCAGCCUGCCAUCCGGGUGGCAGACCUGCUGCAGCACAUCACCCAGAUGAAGAGAGGCCAGGGCUAUGGGUUCAAGGAGGAAUAUGAGGCCUUGCCAGAGGGGCAGACAGCGUCAUGGGACACAGCCAAAGAGGAUGAAAACCGCAAUAAGAAUCGAUAUGGAAACAUCAUAUCCUAUGACCAUUCCCGAGUGAGGCUGCUGGUGCUGGAUGGAGACCCGCAUUCCGACUACAUCAACGCCAACUACAUUGAUGGAUACCAUCGACCUCGGCACUACAUUGCAACUCAGGGUCCAAUGCAGGAGACCGUCAAGGACUUUUGGAGAAUGAUCUGGCAGGAGAACUCGGCCAGCAUCGUCAUGGUCACAAACCUCGUGGAAGUGGGCCGGCGCCCAGCGGAACACACUGUGGGAAAUGCCACUGUAGGCCGCGCGGCGUCCCCCGGAAUGGUCAAGUGUGUGCGAUACUGGCCGGAUGACACGGAGGUCUACGGAGAUAUUAAAGUCACCCUGAUUGAAACAGAACCCCUGGCAGAAUACGUCAUACGUACCUUCACAGUCCAGAAGAAAGGCUACCACGAGAUCCGGGAACUCCGCCUCUUCCACUUCACCAGCUGGCCUGACCACGGCGUCCCCUGCUAUGCCACCGGCCUCCUGGGCUUUGUGCGCCAAGUGAAGUUCCUCAACCCCCCCGAGGCGGGGCCCAUAGUGGUCCACUGCAGCGCUGGGGCUGGGAGGACCGGCUGCUUCAUCGCUAUCGACACCAUGCUCGACAUGGCCGAGAACGAAGGGGUAGUGGACAUCUUCAACUGUGUGCGUGAGCUCCGGGCCCAGAGGGUCAACCUGGUGCAGACAGAGGAGCAGUACGUGUUUGUGCACGAUGCCAUCCUGGAAGCAUGCCUCUGUGGCAAUACCGCCAUCCCCGUGUGUGAGUUCCGCUCUCUCUACUACAACAUCAGCAGGCUGGACCCCCAGACCAACUCCAGCCAAAUCAAAGACGAAUUUCAGACCCUCAACAUCGUGACUCCCCGCGUCCGGCCCGAGGACUGCAGCAUCGGGCUCCUGCCCCGGAACCACGAUAAGAACCGGAGCAUGGAUGUCCUGCCUCUGGACCGCUGCCUGCCCUUCCUUAUCUCGGUGGAUGGGGAACCCAGCAACUACGUCAAUGCCGCACUGAUGGACAGCCACAAGCAGCCCGCCGCCUUCGUGGUCACCCAACACCCUCUACCCAACACCGUGGCAGACUUCUGGAGGCUGGUGUUCGAUUAUAACUGCUCCUCCGUGGUGAUGCUGAAUGAGAUGGACACUGCCCAGCUCUGUAUGCAGUACUGGCCUGAGAAGACCUCUGGAUGCUAUGGGCCCAUCCAGGUGGAGUUCGUGUCUGCAGACAUCGAUGAGGACAUCAUCCACAGAAUAUUCCGCAUCUGUAACAUGGCUCGGCCUCAGGAUGGGUACCGCAUAGUCCAGCACCUCCAGUACAUUGGCUGGCCUGCCUACCGCGACACGCCCCCCUCCAAGCGCUCUCUGCUCAAAGUGGUCCGCCGGCUGGAGAAGUGGCAGGAGCAGUAUGACGGGAGGGAGGGCCGCACCGUGGUCCACUGCCUAAAUGGGGGCGGCCGCAGCGGAACCUUCUGUGCCAUCUGCAGCGUGUGUGAGAUGAUCCAACAGCAAAACAUCAUUGACGUGUUCCACAUUGUGAAAACACUACGUAACAACAAGUCCAACAUGGUGGAGACCCUGGAACAGUAUAAAUUUGUAUACGAGGUGGCACUGGAAUAUUUAAGCUCCUUUUAGCCCAAUGGGAUGGGGAAUCUGCCGGAGCCCAGAGGCUGCUGCAGCCAAGCCCCCUUUUCUGUGAAUGGCAGUGACUGGGCUCAGGGGCUAAGAGGCGGCCCCCUGCCCAACUCCAAGGAGAAGACUGGUGGUCCGUGUUCCGUGGUGGGCCUGCACCUUCUGAGGGUCUCCUGUAGCUGUGGGGGAUGCUGCUCUGAAAGGCCCAGACUUCCCUUCCACACCCAACCAGCCACAGCCAUGGGCCCAUGCACAUGUGCACCCAUGGCGAGGCCCUGGAUUUUUUGGUUCCCAGACCUCUUGCUUUUGUUCAAGUUUGUGAAUCUCAUGGCAAGCCGACUGUGCAAGCGUUGGGGAGUGACAGCCUCAGCAGCACCUCCCUGCCUCACUUUUCCUUGAGAGUAGAGGAGAUAUCUGUUCUACUCCUCCAUGCAGUCAUGGAAAUGAUGGGGUUCUUGGUGGGGGGCCUGCUCUGCUGCCUGCUGUAGGCUCCUUCAGGGAUCUCUGGCAUUGGACACCUGCCGGUCUGGAUCAGUGUGACCUCGGGAUGCUCCUGAGACCACAGCAGAGGUCCCCAUUCUCAAACAUAACCUGCAUGGGGCUUGGCCCGAUACCAUUUUGAACCCCUCCCCCAGCCUAGGCCUUGACCUGUUGUUCACUGGCCAGUCCGCUGUGUCCACACCCUUUGAUAAAGGUUCUCUUUGCUUUUUUUGUAAUCAGUGGGAGGGAGAGUGUGGAAUGUUGCUGCUCUUCCUUUUCUUUGUGAAAAGGAACCAUCUCUUGGAGGGCAGGGCUGACCUUGUGUCUCUUGGGUGGUGGCUUCCUUUAGGAGAGAGAAAAGAGUCGGUUAUUUUCUGAAGUGUAUAGGGAAAAAACUUUAUUUGGGCAUGUAAAAUCUUAGUCUCUUACGUCUAAAUAAAAGGGGGAGAGAAGUUUGGGUGUGUAACUAUAAGACAAAUCUCUUGGGCCUGUAAUCUUUCCUGGCAAAUGUCCUUAAAAGAUCCCACCCUAGGACAGCGAUGCCAUUGAGCAAGGGCGACAGGCUAGUCUGAAGAUGGUCCCUUCAGAUGGGGAAGAUGAUACUAGCUUUGUGCAUAAUCUUGGAUCCCCAAAUUUGAAUUCCUUCCUAGAGAAACCCCUAGCUGACAUCUUGAAAAAGGUCAUCAUGGGCCCAGUUAUGCUGUAGUUUAAAAUAGGCCAAGGAGAUCAUACCAGGGAUCUAGGAUCUUACUGAAAGUAAAGUAUGGGUGACCCAGUGACAGGGAAGCAAUAUUUGCUAAGCAUCUACUGUACGUCGGGCUUGGCACAUUCCUUAUGACAUCUCACGCAGUCCUAGAACCCCCAUGAGAGAACUACUAGCCUGUCAUCUCUACUUUACAACUGAGGAAACUGAGGCAUCUUCCUCACUGAUGAAAUCCUGGGUUCCAGAAAGACAGAUAUUGGUGAUAAGACCCAUUUGUACUGUUUCCUUCAUCUUUCUCAGCAAAGCACUUAUUUUAUGGAGGGAAAAUAAGGCCAGAAACUUCUGAGCAGAGAACUCCACAAUGGAGUUCUUUCUUUCUGAUGCGAAUUCUUCUGGGAAGCCCAGUAGUUCAGAUAUAUUUUAGUAAGUCAUUCCCAGCUCCCCAGGAAAGCUAGUCCCAUCUGAUUUCUUGGCCAAUGAAAACAGUUGCCUGUUUCCUCAGGCUGUGAGGUCUGUAAGCCAGGGACAUGCUCUAUUUUGGCCUCUACUAGGUGUUGAGGCACAGUAUUUGGCAGCCUCAGGGCAGCCUGGGAUCUAGGAAGCUCCACGUGGAGGCUGGUCUGGCCCCAGACAGGAGAUAAGGAGCACAGAAUUCAAUAAGGCACAGUUUUUCUCCCCAAGAGCUCCCUGUAUACUGGGGAGCUUGAACCCCAGUACAGGAGUGGUGCAGCGUAAGAGCAUCAUAUGAAACUGGGAGCAAGAGACCCUCUGCCUGCCUACGACUUCCUAGAGGAAGUAGUGCCCAUUCAAGCUGGGUCUCAACAGGUAGAAAAAAGAGGAAAAGGAAAUCAGUCCAAGGGAUCAGGAUGUAUAGUGGCAAAGAGGUGUGAAAACUCCCUGGGAUGGGAGGCAGGCAGGUGAGAGGUCAGCCCAGCUGGAGCAAAGUACGACAGGAGGGGCGGCAGGAGAUGAGCCAGGGUCAGGGAGAAGAGUGUUCCACCAAAAGCACAGACUUACCCCUACGGGCAACAGAGAGCGAGGAGAGCAUCUGAGUGAUGUGCUCAGCUCAGUGUUAGAGAAGACUCCCUCUGGGGCCAGUGAGGCUGCCUCCUUUCCUUUCAUCAGACACUGUGAAAACAUUCCCUUAAGCGUGUGCUUUUUACUAUCACAUCUAUUUGUCUGUCUGCUCAUUAUUUUGUUGCUGGAACAAAAUAUGCAGUGGAUCAUGAGACUCCACUCUUGUGAGAAACUCAGGGUCUCUGCUCUACCGUGGAGCAGGGUGACCACUGCAGGCCCAUGAGGAUGGGACAUGAAAGGAGCCCACAGAAACUGUUCCCAUUGGUGUGGGCUCUGGAGCUGUCUGGAAGUCCAGGGACACCAGACGUGAUCACAGAAGGGCUGUCACUUUGGAGGUUCAAAAGGAAGCAUCUCAAAGGGAAGGAAGGCAAAGGAGCCCCCCAGUGAACUCACUCUUCUCCUUUGAUGGGUCCUUUCCCUGGUGUACUUGAGCAGGUCCCCAGGCCUCAGCUCCCACUGGUCGUGCUGGCUUCCCCUGGCUCCAGUCCACUGCUCCUGCCAGCCCUCACACAGCCUUCAAGGAGCCUGUAGCAGAGAAAAUCAAAUGCUCUUUGCUCAGACCCUGGCUCAUCCAUGCAGAAUGGGGGAGGGGGGCUAUCCAACACAAAUCCUAGGAUUUAUUUUGCUCUGGAAGGGGUGACAGAGCUGGCAGAUAAAAAUGACACUGGCUUCUAUCAUUUCAAAUGGUAGGAAUUUAAAUUUUGACUUUAGGGAUAAGGGAAGUUGUAAAAAUUCAGGCCAUGGUGGGGUAAUCGACCCAACAAGGCCCAGCGAUGGUUCCCCCAGUUCAGCGCCCCCAUUUCCUCAAAAUGCAGAUACUCUCCAAAGAAGGCAUGGCAGUGAA